AUGGGCACUCUCAAGGUGCACGCCUUGGACAAAGGCCAAGCGCCAGUGCUGCUGUCAAUCAGCUCCUUGAGAAGCUUAGGCGCCGUGAUCGACUACGCAUCGGAUCGCGCAGUCUUCCGGGCAGUGGAUCCGACCAAAGUGGUGCGCCUGGAGCGCACGGCAGCUGUGAAGUUGAUGAAACAUCCGCAGCCGUUUCCGCUUCGUUCUUUGGAAAGCACGACCUCUCUCCCGAAGCUUGUGGUGAUCAUGGUGUCCCGCAUGACCCGUGUGGAGCUUGGCGAGCGUCUCCAGAAGUACCAUGGGGAAGUGGCUCCAACCAAGUGGACUCGGGCACAAUUGCUUCAUCGACUCAGCGAGCUCGAGGGAGAGGUGAUCUUGGAGCCAAAGAGCAAGGAACUCAGCCCAUUGAGGACUCUCGAAGUGGCCAUCAACAAGGCUUCAGCUCGGAAGGCAACCCUCCAGGAGUACCUGACGGUCAACAUGGGCAUGACCCUGACGGGCACCGAGACCAUUGCUCAGCUCAAGGUGAAGGGCCUGAACCAGGCCUAUGUGAUGGCAGCUCCUCAUCCCACGGACUUCGUCGGGUUCGGCAAGCAUUGCGACAAGAAGUACGAGGAGAUCUGGAUGGAACAGCCCAGCUAUGCUCGCUGGGUGAUGCAGACCUCCAAGGAGGACCCAGAGAGCAGCAUGAAGCUUCAUCGCUUGGCCAAGUGGCUGGAGGAGAUGACGGAGCUGGAGCAAGUGACGGAAGCCACAGCAGAGCAUUCCAAGAACCCGAAGAAGGGCUACCCAAUGAUGGAAAUGGCGUUAGCCUUGAAGGCGCUCACCAAGGAGGUGGCCGACAUGAAGGAGGAUCGGGAGAUGCGCCGGAAGCAACCCUCGGCCGCCACCUCAAGCGACUGGGAGAAAACCUCCCAGAUGCCAGUGGAUCAGUAG